AUUGAACCGGCUCUAUGUCUUCCUCUCUCCCCAAGCUUCCCCAUUAAAAAGAAAGACCGUCGGAGUUUCUGAGAGAUAGUAGAGAGCCAUGGCAGGAGUAUCGCUAAAGUGUGGUGAUUGUGGCGCGCUGCUGAAGUCAGUGGAGGAGGCUCAGGAGCAUGCGGAGCUCACCUCUCACUCCAAUUUCGCAGAGUCCACUGAAGCGGUGCUCAAUCUCGUCUGCACUACUUGCAGCAAGCCUUGCCGCUCUAAAACUGAAAGCGAUUUGCAUACGAAAAGAACAGGGCAUACUGAGUUUGUGGAUAAGACAAUGGAGACUGUAAAGCCCAUCAGCUUGGAAGCUCCUAAGGCUGCUGCUAUGGAGAUUGACAACAUCGAUGGUUCCAGUGGUAGUGGAGAUGCUUCUGAAGUAGAGAUGGUUGUUCCAGGCGUUGACAAAAACAUACUCGAGGAACUUGAAGGGAUGGGAUUCCCUAAAGCUCGUGCUACCCGAGCACUUCACUACUCUGGUAAUGCCAGCCUCGAGGCUGCAGUUAAUUGGGUGGUGGAGCAUGAGAAUGAUCCUGACGUAGAUGAAAUGCCAAAGGUACCUGCCAACUCUAAUUCUGGACCUCCUAAACCUGCCCUUACGCCAGAAGAAGUCAAGAUAAAAGCACAAGAACUAAGGGAACGUGCACGUAAGAAGAAAGAAGAGGAAGAAAAACGGAUGGAACGUGAAAGAGAGAAGGAGCGAAUUAGGAUUGGCAAGGAACUUCUAGAAGCGAAGCGGAUAGAAGAAGAUAACGAAAGAAAACGUAUAAUCCUUUUGCGUAAAGCCGAGAAAGAAGAAGAAAGACGGGCUAGGGAAAAGAUCCGUCAAAAAGUUGAAGAAGACAAGGCUGAAAGAAGGCGGAAACUAGGAUUGCCUGCGGAAGAUCCUGCGGCUGCAAAACCCUCAGUGCCAGUUGUGGAGGAGAAGAAGAGUUCAUUGCCUAUUAGACCCGCCACUAAGACUGAGAAAAUGAGAGAGUGCUUGAGGUCGCUUAAGCAAGCCCACAAGGAGGAUGAUGCUAAGGUGAAGAGAGCGUUCCAGACACUGCUGACAUACAUGGGAAAUGUUGCUAAGAAUCCAGAUGAAGAGAAAUUCCGGAAAAUUAGACUCACCAACCAAACAUUUCAGGAGAGGGUUGGUUCACUGAGAGGAGGCAUAGAGUUCAUGGAGCUAUGUGGGUUUGAGAAAAUGGAAGGAGGAGAGUUCUUGUUCUUGCCAAGGGACAAGAUAGAUCCAGCCGUUAUCAACUCAGCUGGAACAGAGCUCAAUUCCGCCAUCAACAACCCUUUCUUUGGUGUUCUUUAAACCGCUGCAUUUUCUUCCUAUCUCUCUUUGGUGUUGUGUUAGAUUAUGAAACUAAUCAAAUUUUCAGCAAUCUUAAAUAUAAUAAGGCACUCACUAUGAAUAUUACUGGCAAGUGUCAUUCUUGUUUCUUCAACAAUUCAAUCUUAAAUCCCAAUGUUCUUAUAUAUAUAUGUGUAAUAUAAUAAAUUUUAUAAGAUGAUAUUUUGUAAGAGGCGA